UCUCAUUACACUUAUACCCACCAAAGAGGUUGUUGGCAUACUUAUUCACACCAAAAGGCAUGCACUUUGGGAGGCUGCUUUCAUUGUGCUAGACACCUGCAAAAAUGUUGGCGUGCCACUUGGCCUUCAUUUGGAGCCAACACAUUUUCCAACACUAGCUAAAAAUAUGCUCUGAGGUAGGUAAAACAAGUCAAAAUUAACUGUCCUGCUCCUUUACUUAAAGAAGCACAACAGAGAUAAGUAACUGAUUUGGCACUGACCUAUUACUAUUCAUAAAGGUAAAGGUAAAGGGACCCCUGACCAUUAGGUCCAGUCGUGGCCGACUCUGGGGUUGCGACGCUCAUCUCGAGGCAGCCGGCGGACAGCUUCCGGGUCAUGUGGCCAGCAUGACUAAGCCGCUUCUGGCGAACCAGAGCAGCGCACAGAAAUGCCAUUUACCUUCCCGCUGAAGUGGUACCUAUUUAUCUACUUGCUUUGAUGUGCUUUCAAACUGCUAGGUUGGCAGGAGCAGGGACUAAGCAACGGGAGCUCAUCCUGUUGCGGGGAUUCGAACCGCCGACCUUCCGAUCGGCAAGUCCUAGGCUCUGCGGUUUAACCCACAGCACCACCAGCGUUACUAUUCAUAAGAAGCCCUUAACUGUUAUAAACUUUCUUUUCUUAAAGGACCUGCAAACAGAGAGAGAGAGAGAGAGAGAGAGAGAGAGAGAGAGAGCGCCUCCUGCCCACUAUAUAGGUAGCAAGGCAAUAAUCUGGGAAACUUUGAUGGUCAUGUUUUGCAACACAGAGACUUUCAAAGUCUCGGGAUAAAAAAGCUGAUGGGAACAUUUCCUCUUUAAAAAGGUCUAUUCAGUUCAAGAAAGUUGAAAGGAAAUAUCCUUGUUCCAAAGAGAACAAACCUUGUUUCCACUCGUGUUUAUGUAUAAGAUAUCCUGUUACAUAUGAAUAAAUGCACAGGCACCUUCAGAAUAGAAACACAAACCAAACUUUAUUUAAUAGACUUAACACUGUAACUCCCUGUUCUCUCCCCCUCCCAACUUCUUUUAAGAACUUUUCUUUGUGAAGUGAGCUGCAAAAUAAUAAAAAAACAGAAUAUUGGGGCCAUCUGUUCUUCCUCAUCUAAAUAAAUGUAAUUUUAUUCCAAAUUGGAAAUUUCUUUAAUAAGUUGAUAGGAGCCCCUUUCCAGUUUUUACAAUGCUGAUUGUAAAAUUAUUGAGAUUGUAGAAUUUUUUAUUUUUCUAUAAUGGGAGAGCCAUGUUUUCUCCACCAGCUUUGUUAUAUAAUUCUAUUACACUGCGAUAAAUGAUAAAACAAAUAUUUUAUGGGUGGCAUUGUGUGUGAAAAAUACAGUGUGGCAAAGUCUGGAGAGGUAAGCACAAGUGUUUCAGUGUUUUAUGUAUUUAAAUAUUUGUUCACAGAGUUGUAUGGUUUUGAAGGCUACUAGUUUAUGAAGUCAGCAUGAAAGCAGCUUCAUCUUCAGUUACUGAGCAGGAAGCUCUUCUCUUCUCUUUCUCCAAAAUGGGAAUAUGAUGGAACUUUUGGGAGAGUACUAGAAAGCUGUGGCGUGCCUUUCCUGCUAUUUAUUCUUUUUCCCAGAGACACAGAGUUCUUUUAGACUGCUUCUAGUUUAAUCAAAUUACUAAUAUUGCACUAUAAUGUGGUUUUGGUGGUACACAUAUACCUGUGGGUUUUAGUAAUCUAGUUUUUGGUUCCAAAUUACUUAUUAGAGGCCAAUAAAAAUACUUUGCAAUUUUAUUACUACUAAAACCAAGCUUUAAUUAAGCUAUAACUGGUAGAGAAUGCAUUUGUUCCUAUCCUUUACAUCAGAAAUUGCAGAAAACACCAGGGGGUAUAUUGUCCUUCUGACGAUGCACUAAUAGAAAUUGUUCAUGAGCACUGAGAAUGGAAUAUAACUGCUAUUUCUCUGAACAGUAGUGACAAUCAUUCUCCACCAAAGAUAGUUUUUCAUCUUGCAGUAUUGUAUCGUAUCCCCUGAGAAAUUCAUGUCUGAUUUGGGAUUCUGAAAAAUUCAGAUGGAUGCCCAAUUCUAGUGCAUCUUCUUUCCCAUGCUUCCUUCCAUGCAAGUAAUUCCAAAAGUGUUCCCGUAGAGGCAAAUGUUACACCACACAAGGCAGCAGCCCUCACAAAAAAAUAUUAGUGAUUUAUCAGUGCACAUUUGAGGAAGAAAAUAAAAAGUUGAAACUUUCCCUACACGUUUUUUUUUAAAAAAGCAAUGACCCAGUGACAUUUUAAUUACACAGAAUCGCACGGUGCUAUGCAACAGAACUCAAAUGUUGAACACAAGCUAGGCUUAGAAUGAAGUGUAUCAGACAAAGAAAAUGUACAAACUUGAUUUCAGAAGUGUGAUAUAUAUGACUUAAGUUUCUUCUCUUCUCUCCACCAGGACUACACACUAACUAUGUAUUUUCAACAAUACUGGAGAGAUAAAAGACUAGCCUAUGCUGGGAUUCCUCUCAACCUUACGCUUGAUAACCGAGUAGCGGAUCAACUAUGGGUGCCUGAUACUUACUUCCUAAACGACAAGAAAUCAUUUGUGCACGGUGUUACUGUUAAGAAUCGAAUGAUUCGCCUUCAUCCAGAUGGUACAGUGUUGUAUGGCCUCAGGUAUGUAGCAGCGUGAUCAAGAUUUUUCCAGUAUUGGUUUUGUGCUGUUGACCUUUGUUCCCUUGGUGUUAAGUUAUCAUAGACCCUCUGCCACCUAUCAUGCGUCCUCUAGCAUUUCUCUAAAAGAUUCCCCCAGAGAAUAAAUGACAUUGCUAAUACAGUGGUACCUUGUCACUCGAACGGCUUGGCUCCUGAACAAAUCGACUCCCGAUGCAGCUUCCAAUUGAGUGCAGGAAGCUCCUGCAGCCAAUCAGAAGCUGCACCUUGGUUUUCAAACAGUUUCAGGAGUCAAACGGACUCCCGGAACAGAUUAAGUUCGAGAACCAAGGUACUUGGUGCCAGGUACUUUUGCCAGGUUUUCUUUGCUUCAAAAUUUAAGCUAUCAACUCAUAUCCAAGUAUCUAUCAAACAUUCGUUUAAAAGCAUGUGGUCUGUUGAGACUUGCACUCCAAGGUCUAGUCAUGUGUGAAACUUAACUCCUCAUCCUUCCUGCUCUUGUACCUCCCAACCCAACAGAGCAUACAUUCCCUCCUAUCUCUGGGGUUCUACAUGGAAGUUCCCUCAGACAAACAUGCCUUUCUGGUACCUUAAUGCCAUUGUGUUAGUGGGACAAUGAAAAGUGUGUAAUAUAUUUAAUGUGGAAUAUCCAAAGCACUGAUAAUGAAUCACAAGGUAAAGUGAAACUCCUAUUGAAGUCACCAUGUGGGAGGCUGCUAGUUAGGGCUGCUAUCUCAUGAAUCAGUUCAGUCAUAUAGAGAGUCUCCAUAUCAGUGCCAGCAGGGGAGCUUUCCGUUGAUCACACUGAUUCAUAUGAUAAGCAGCAGUGCCCAGGAAAGCACAUGCCUGUAGCUUGUGAGUAUGGUGGAAAUAACUCAAACUGGGCACCAGUGUUGGGUGAAAUCAGGGCACAAUUUUAUUGACUAAGCAGCAUGUCAGAAUCUGCCCUUAUUCACCUCCCAAGUCAGAUCAGAGUUGUUUGUACUAAGGGUUCAUUGAUUCAGUUCACAUCAAAUGCUUCAUUUUCAAAACAUUUUUACACUCCACACUCUCCCAGAAACCCCUGGACAGAUUGAAUCCAUGCUGGAGGGUCUCCUCUGUAAACUUCGCUCACUUUGGCCAAAGAGGAUGGAAAUUACACAGGGAAACACAGAGCUUCAUUGUGUACAGAGUGGCUCAGAAUUCAAAACACAGAUCCAAGUGGACAGAGCACAGAGCAACUCAGAAACAGAUUGUAAUUUGUUUUUAAAGUCACAGAUACUGAUGCAAGGGGUGGGGUAUGCACACCUUUAUUUGAGGCCUAACAGCUCUCCAGCCUUGAAGCAAUAAAAUCUACCACUUCCCUAACAUUGAAAGAGGAAGCUGUACAGUUCCUGAGCUUACCCCCCCAAAAGAUGCAAACCCUGAAUUAGUCCAAAAGCAUCAAGGCUGAGAAACUACCCAGUCUCAGAAAUAAAAAGCUGUAUUUCUUGCUAUGGUCUUGUUUGUGAAAGGAGCAAGAUAUAUGAAAAACACAUUCCGUUUUAGCGAAAGCAGGAUUCGUUAUGUUUUCAUUCCUGCUCAUUUCCCAGAAAAAUAUGAGCGACCCAGAGCCUCUCUACUACUGCCUCAGUAGCCAGUGCUAUAAUACCACGGUGUUGCAUGCCACCCCAAUAUCCAAGCGCUGCAAGAUUCCAGGGGUUCCAGGUUCUUACCCAGGAUUUGUGUUUCCUUUUGGCAAUGAGGUACAGCAGAAACUGUGGUGUCUUUAAGAGCUUAUGCUGGAGGGUUUCACAGCAUGAACACACCAGAAUGGGUCUUGUUUCUCCCAUAGCUACAGCCUUAAAUUCAAACAGAAAGCAAAUGUUGCUCUGGUUCUCUCUCCAGCUUGCUGCUUUACUUCUAGGUCACAUCACUGCUCCCCAAACUCUCUACUUUCAAUUAUGGCUUUAUCCAUUGAGAGAAGGGGCCCCACCCAUUUGCCAUCUUGUACCAAGCCCCUUAAUCUCUCUUAACACCCUAAAUUCCCCUUAAUGUCUCAUCACCCAGGUUUAUCACCUCACCAGGAGGGUAGCCUAUCUAUUCCAAGAAUGUGAACCCUGGAUUAAAUUCUAACAUUUGUUAGAUCCAAGGAGAAGAGGGGUCUGGCACCCAGGUUAACAAUGCCAUACCAUAGCAACAUUUUGUAUAUAGACCAAAGCCCAACAGCAGCAGUAAAUAAUGACUCAAUGUUAAGUUGCUCAUGUCAUGCCAACCUUUAAUUCAGUUCAACAAAUAAACACAAGCUCUGAAGACAAAUUGCUGAAAGCAGCAAAUCUCUUAAAGAAAACAAAUGCUUACAUUAUCUCUUCAGAUUGUAAGAGCUAAUUCCAUUCUAUCCGCAAUUUAGUCUUGGAAUUUUAUUAAACAUGUCGAGUAGAUGUAAAUUACAAAGACUUCUGUGGAAAUUAAAUCAGCUCAAGGGUAUUUACUUCAAACUAUUUUCAAGCACUGGUUUGUUGUAUAUGUCUAAUUAUAUAACUAAUAAUAUUAAUCUAAAUGAUAUGAAACUGUGACAUGUUGUACAGAGUUUAAAAUAAUAAUAAAAACCUUACCAACAGCAGCUUUGAGCGUUGCUGCUAUCUGCAAAUUCAGCCAGUACACUACUUGUAUGCAUGUUGCUCUUCAAACACGGCAAGUCUUGCUACUUGAGUGUGGAAAUUCCACUCAUUGUGCUGGUGUAAGACAGUUGUGGCACUUCACAGCUUGCUGCUGGUGCCAGACUGAUUCAGAGCCUCCCAACUGCUGAUGGGAGACGUUCCCCUCAGCCAUGGGGAAGUCAAAUUUUACGCCUCUCAUGAUGUCAGCCCAAUUGUGGGCAGGCUUUAGGAGGCAUCAGCAGAGGGCAGAGCCAGGUGGAAACUUGGUGUUGUUUCUGCUUGGGUCCCCUUCUUUGGGAUUUAAAGGGGCCUGCCUCCUCGCCCGGCAGUGCAGUCUGCAUUGUGAAAUAACAAUGCAUUCAGAUGCCUGCACUUCUUUAGCAAUUUCUGAAGACAGUCACAACAAUUGCAUUUAAUGGAGAUUAGCUACUUCUAGCUGCAUGCAGGGCAAGAGAUUUGUUGUUGUUUAGUUGUUUAGUCGUGUCCAACUCUUUGUGACCUCAUGGACCAGAGCACGGCAGGCACUCCUGUCUUCCACUGCCUCCCACAGCUUGGUCACACUCAUGUUGGUGGCUUCAAGAACACUGUCCAACCAUCUCGUCCUCUGUCGUCCCCUUCUCCUUGUGCCCUCCAUCUUUCCCAACAUCAGGGUCUUUUCCAGGGAGUCUUCUCUUCUCAUGAGGUGGCCAAAGUAUUGGAGCCUCAGCUUCAGGAUCUGUCCUUCCAGUGAGAACUCAGGGCUGAUUUUCUUAAGAAUGGAUAGGUUUGAUCUUCUUGUAGUCCACGGGACUCUCAAGAGUCUCCUCCAGCACCAUAAUUCAAAAGCAUCAAUUCUUUGGUGAUCAGCUCUCACUUCCAUACAUCACAACUGGGAAAACCAUAGCUUUAACUAUAUGGACCUUUGUUGGCAAGGUGAUGUCUCUGCUUUUUUGGCAAACAGCAUUAUUGGAAAAAACUGACACAAAAAUUCUAAGCAGCAAGAGGUCAAAAGAAACACAACUAUUUCUAUGCAGUCUGGUAUGCCUUUAUUGAUUACAGAAUAACAGAACAGUGUCCAUAGUUUAUGGCACAGUCUGGUGUGCAAGAAGUAUGCAUUUUAAUUUUUCCCUUCCCCUCUUCCUAUAAAUUCCAAUUGUUAUUGAUACAAAUUACCUUUUACUUAUGGUCGCCAAUCUAAACAAUACAUGUUACCAUGCAUCGUUUUGUCGCUGUUAUAACUGUAAUUAUUUUGGUAUAUACACUUCAACACAACUUUGUUAAUAUACUCAUAAAUGUUUACCUAAGUUUUUGUCAUUGUUUUAUUUUUAUGUAAUAGUUGCAUGCCAUACGCUCUGAUGUAAACAAAGAUAUAUCUCAAUACAGCCAUGUUAAGCAGUUUCAAGAUGAAAAUGAAUAAAAACUACAUUACGGGGGAGGGGGGGAGAGAGAGAGAUGAAAUAAUCCAAGCUCUGCUGAUGUCAGCUGUAACACUCCCACUGAUGGGAUGGUUUGGUCAGAAUUCACCCAGGUUAAAUGAUUUGCAUAUUGACAGCACGGUUAGCCUUAUCCUGGGCUAUAGAGGGUUUGGCUCAAGUGUUCCACUGCUCAUUCCUGCUACGUGAGCUGCCCACCCACUGCCAAUAACAAAUGUCUCCCCCUUCCACCCACCUGAUGUGCAGGUGAAGCCCAUUGGCAAGGCCCCCAUCAAUGGAGCUGAGUGGAAAGCCCCAAAGCAGAGAGGCUGAAUUGACUCGGGAUCUGCUGGAUCCUGAGUGGGUUCCACAGUCAUGUUUGGCUGGUAUUGAGCCCAGGCCAGGCCCGAUCACUGCACCAGCCUCAAGCUGGCCCAAGGAUUACCUUCCCCUGCAGCUUCUGCCACUGCUAUGAAUAGCAGGACUGCAGAUAUAGCAGUGGCUCUGUGGCGUCACAGAUGCAGAGGGGGGUUGAAUUGUGGCUAAAAAGCUUUUAGGUAAGGUUUUUAAAAAAUUAUACACAAUGGUACCUCGGGUUAAGUACUUAAUUCUUUCCGGAUUCAGGUUCUUAACCUGAAACUGUUCUUAACCUGAAGCACCACUUUAGCUAAUGGGGCCUCCUGCUGCUGCUGCGCCACCGGAGCACGAUUUCUGUUCUCAUCCUGAAACAAAGUUCUUAACCCGAGGUACUAUUUCUGGGUUAGUGGAGUCUGUAACCUGAAGUGUAUGUCACCUGAAGCAUAUGCAACCCAAGGUACCACUGUAGUAAUGUAUAAUCUAUAUCCUGUUCACUCUCCAGAACCCAUUAUUUUCAUUAUUUACAGGUGGAGGCUGAGCUACUAUUACUUGCAUUAGAUUAUUCAGCUUGUGAAGGAGAGAAGGGUUGGAUUCUGGUUGAAGUCCUGUAUUUUAUCUGUGGGUCUGCUUUUCUUUCCAGGUGAUGAGUUUUUGAAGCCGACUCUUUAGAUAUACAGUGGUACCUUGGUUUAAGAACAGUCCAGUUUUAAGAAGGAUUUGGUUUACAAACUCUGCAAAACUGGAAAUAUUGUCUUGGUUUAAGAACUUUACCUCGGUCUAAGAAUGGAAUCUGAAUGGUGGAAGGGCACCGGCAGUGGGAGGCCUCAUUAGGGAAAGCGCGCCUUGGUUUAAGAACGGUUUUUGUUUAAGAACAGACUUCCGGAACGGAUUAAGUUCGUAAACUGAGGUACCACUGUACUGCAGAUUUUAUGUUCAUACAGAAAGAACUCAGAAAGACAAAUUCAGACAUAACUGUAGGAGCCACAGGCAUAUUUUAAAAUGUGGGGUGUAGAUAACAAAAAUAACUUUCUGUGGAUAACAAAAAUGACUUUCUGAAAACUAUAAUUGUCUAUACAAUCCUAUUCUUUCCCACCUUCCCUUUCACCCCAUUUUAAAGUAGUUACCAUGGUCAUGAGCAUUGUGAAUAAUAUGUCAAGCCACAGAACACUUAGAUUUCCCAAAGUAUAGUCAGCUUGCACAUUUUCAAAGAGAAAGGUCACAGUGGCUUAAGAAAUGGACAAAAUGUGAGAUAAACACAAACUGACUGCUCAAUGUAUUUACUUGUUUAUUUAUAACAUUUAUGAAGAGAUAAGUAUCAAAACCAACCCAAUAUUUCCAAAUGCAUUUAGGUAGGCAAUGUCUACAACAUUUGAAAACAAUUAGCCACUGUUUGAUAAGGUUUCAACUUUAGUUAUAUUGCAAUAAAGAAUCGGUCUUGUAUUGUAGUCAGGUAUUGCUACAUAGUUAUGCAUUGAAAGAAAGAAGAAUAACUGUUCCUUCCUUUCUUUGAUACAUAACUUCCAUAUACACUGGCCUAGGUUUUGAGCUGCUUGGUUUGGCUUAUUGCAAAGAUGCUUGAGGUAGCCCUUAUCAACACAAGCUUCCUGUAAACAAGGGGAAAGGAACGUUUAAAGGUCCUUGAAUGUGCCAUCAACAAGUGAUAGAACAUUCCUUUGUGAAGAUUUAUGUGUAAAGAUGAAAUCCCUAAACUCACUUAGCAGGGAGUAAAUCCCAUUGAACUUUCUUAUAAUUAGUUCUGAGUACCUUGAUUUAAGAACAGCUUAGUUUAUGAACAACUUGGAUUAAGAACGCUGCAAACCCGGAAGUAGGUGUUUUGGUUUGUGAACUUUGCUUUGGAAGCAGAACAUGUUCUGCUUCCUGUUGAGUGUGUUUCAUUUGUAAAUUGAGUCCUGCGCUGCUAAGGGAAAGCACACCUUGGUUUAAGAACACUUUGGUUUAAGAACUGACUUCCAGAACAGAUUAAGUUCAUAAACCAAGGUAUCACUGUACACAAGAACAGGAAUGCAUUAUAAAAUUUACAGUGGUCAUGUAAGUGUAACUUGGGGCUAAAUUUUGUUAUCUAUUUUUUUUAAAAAAAUCCUUGAAUAUGCUGCUUAUUCCAAGUGUGCAAGCUGUGCAACAUUUUAUAUCAACAAUAUAGGAGUAUAAGGAAUACAGGCAUAUAACUCAAAACCACAGAGAAAAGCAUUGUACCAUAAGUAUUUAAAGUGUGUUUGGCCACAUAUAUUCAUUUUAAAAUGCAUGCAAAUGCACAGUAAAGGCUAGGAGCUCCCUUGAUUUAUUGAAGCAAAUCAUUUUAUAUUUGUUUGCGUAAAGAACUUGAUGCAAGCAGAAAAGCUCAGGUCUUUUAUUUGUCCGAUGCACUAAACUGGAACUGCUUGCAAAACGAUUCCACUUCUUUAACAAAUAAAUAGGAUUAUAUAAUUACCAGAAUGGUGCAUUUUAAAACAAGCUUGAUUGCCCCUUAGCUUUAAGGUAGCAUGCUUUUCAAAAGGGGGAUCAUUUGGUGUUACUUGUACAUGUUAAGUCACAGCUGCUGCUGUCAUACUGGAGAAAUACAGUCUCCCUGUAGUAAAUAGUCUUGAGCACCUUGCCUGGGGAAUUAGCUGGGUGCUAGCAGAUGUUUGGUAAAAAGGAAUUCAUCCCUGAAGCCACAGACCAGCUGCAAAGGCACUCUUCAGAAGCUGUUUCAGUCCUUAAGAGUUUUGUUAAUUUUUUUAUCCUGCAUGCUAUAAUGUGAACCCUUGAGAAAUCUUUUGCAGCUUUUCCUCCAUCACCCCAAUUCAUCUUCCAUUUGGCCGCACCAGUGCUGAUCAGUCUGUUUUCCCUCAUUCAAUGAAACUGUUUGCUUUGAACUUCAUUGGACAAGUUUUCUGACAAACUCCAUAGCAAGCUCACAUGAUCAAGCCACAGAGUAGCAAAAUCUCUAAGUCAAUGCAUAAAGCAUUAUGUUGAACCACACAUUAAGGUUGCAACUGUGCACCCACUUACCUGGGAGGAUGCUCCAUUGAAUUCAGUGGGAUUUGCCUCUGAGUAGACAUGCUAGCUGAACUUCCACAUGAUUGUUGGUUAUAGUCUUCUGUGUGAAAUCAGUUUGAUCCUCAACCUGCAUGUGUUAGAUUAACAAAUAAUGUCUUUGGUUCUAAGUAGCACUGUGUUGUGAUAGAGAUAGCAUGGAAUGUAGCAGUUUUCUAAUCCAACCAAGCUUUGCCCACAUUGGACCACCUCUUGCAGCAAGUGUCAGCCAGUGUGUUGUAGUGGUUAAGAGCGAUAGACUCGUAAUCUGGUGAACUGGGUUCUCGUCUCCACUCCUCCACAUGCAGCCAGCUGCUGGGUGACCUUGGACUAGUCACACUUCUGAAGUCUCUCAGCCCCACUCAUCUCACAGAGUGUUUGUUGUGGGGGAGGAAGGGAAAGGAGAAUGUUAGCCGCUUUGAGACUCCUUCGGGUAGUGAUACAGUGGGAUAUCAAAUCCAAAUUCUUCUUCUUCUUCUAUAUCUCAGCCAUCUGCAUAUUAUUUUAAAAGCUCAGUUAUAUGCAAAAUUAUACACAACCCCACCAUAUAUAGUAGGUAUAAGCAUCAUGCCCCAUAUGGUACUCUAUUCCUUCAUCAUCAUUUUAUAAAUAACAACACAGAAGUAAUUUGUAUAGAGUUAUAUACAUUGUUGCAUGUAUCUGUUUAUGUAUCUGUUUAUUUACUUUAGGAAACCUGGAGCGUAUAUGUGUGUGAUAUAUAUGUGAUAUGCAAAAAGGGGGCGGGGAAUCAUGUUUUUAGUGGAACUGGUAAAAAAAUAAUUUGCUUCUCAUUGAGAUUAAGGAGUAAGAGAUUAGAAAAGGAAAAUGGUUGUAAGAUAAGCUUGACAUCAAGGUUUGCAGAAAAUUCCAGGCCUAGUACUUUGUUCAAAUAUGUGUUCCAAUUUUUCAAAACUGUUCUUCCCCUGAAAAAGAGGUUUCCAUUUUUCUGCCCCACAUUAUAGAAUUUCAGUGGGUGUAUCGUUUUGAGCUUACCUCAUCGUUUUGAGGGGCGAGGUUCCUAAACUAACAAGGAUAGUCUUUUAUUAGCAUUGAACCUUGUCCUUUGAAAAUUACCGUUAACGUUUUGGAUAUGGCAGAAUAAAGAAAUAUUUAAUGAAUAAGUAAAAACAGAGUUGCCAUGUAUCUUUCUGUGCUGCAUUUGGCUGUGCAGAAAUAGAGACAUUAAACUGGGGUACAGUACUGGAUCCGACCAGUGAACUGGAUCCUUAUCUUCUCCACCCCUCAUGGUCCAACUGUGACGGGUGGGUGCAACCACCCCUUAUCUAACUCCUGAAGUCACAGUGAUGUCAGAAGAUUGACACUUGUUAAAAAUUAAAGGGGGUGGGGUGCUCCUCUGCAGAGAAAGUAGCUUGUGUUCAAAGUGCAUCCUCCAGUUCUUUGAAUAUGGGUGGCUUUCUGUGAAAAGAAACGAAAAACACUUUUCAAUAGAAGGAAAUUGGGUUCAAAGUCCUGGAGGAAGCGCUUUGAAUCCUAGCUGCUGCUUCCGGUCCCCUCAACUGCACCAAGGAGUUUCUGAAGGGGAGCUCUCUUGUGUAACUGAUAACUUGCUGAUUAUCGGGGCUUCAGCUGUGCAGGGUCCUCUUCAAGCAAAGAGAAGCAAUUCGCUGUUGGUGCUUUCAAGGAGCCCUGCUCUGUGCUUGGAAGUCCCAAGAACUGGCUGAUAGGUGCCCACAAACUCCUUUUUGUCCCAGCCACAUCUACCCGCCCCACAUAGGAUGAAAGGUGCAGGACAGGUGAGCAUGGCCUUGCCCAAAUGGCCUGAUGAGACAAAUGGGGAGCCCAGUGGGCCACAGGCUGCCCACCCAUGACCUUAGUCCUAGUGAAGGAAUAGCAAACGAUUCAGUACCUCUCUCACAUUACUUAUCAGUUCCUGUUUUUCUUUUCUUUUUAAUGUUAUAUUUAUUUAAGGGACUGUUGAUUUAUUGCUCUUAUAAAGUUCCUAUUGUUGCAUUUUGUUUCAGAAUUACAACCACUGCAGCUUGCAUGAUGGACUUGCGAAGAUACCCAUUAGAUGAGCAGAAUUGUACACUGGAAAUAGAAAGCUGUACGUACACAUAAAAGUACUUGCUUUACUAGAUUCAGUUGUAUUUAGCACAAAUUAUAAUAAUUUUAAUUUUGCUGCUCAGUUAUUUAUUUGGUUUCCCGUUCACAUUCAUGCCACAUACUGAAGUCUCAGGAUGGUACUAGGGCUGGCAUAAAGGGCUGACAUUGUUAGGCACUUAUUGAAGGCUGCACCUUAGCAGGGGUCUGCUGGCAAAAUUCAGAUCCCUAUGCCCUUUUCUAUGUCACUGCCUCAUCAGCUGCCCUCUCCAAGCAAGUGAACAGUGACGGGGCAGUCACCUGACCUCUCUCUCUCUGGUUGGUGGUAUGGAUUGGGCCCAGAAGGGCAAGGCAAAUGAAAGGGCAACAGCAUCAGAGAUGAAGAGGAACAGUUCCUGUGAAAGGGAGGCCCCCUGAACACACACACACACACACACGGAAGCUGACAUUGGAUAGGACAACCUAGGACAAAAUAUGAGUUUCUUAAUGUUAAAUCUGUUGCAUAUGAUGCAGGCAAAACUAUGUACUUUCAGCUUCUAUUUAUGCAAGUCAGAAGGUUAAUCGGGUGUUUAAGUUCCCCCCAUUGAAAUCACUGCAACUUAAAAGUGUUUGGUUUUUGUUUGGAUCAUGGCCACUGUAUUCCCUUGAUUUUUUAUUUUUUUAUUUUUGCAGGGAUCUUUUUCAUUUUCAUAUGUUGAAAAAUAAAUAAGUACAUAAAUAUAGUAGCUAAGUUGCCAUUAUUUGUGGGCAUUAAAAAAAAUAAACCAACCCCAAAGGCAUGGAAAAUAUAAUGCCGUUCUGAUUAGGCAAAAGAGCAAUGACUGGAUGCUUAUCUACAACACAAGAGAACUAGUGUUCAUGUUUUAAUCAGAUUCAGUUUGAGGAAAGCAAGCACCGAGAUUCAAUUUGCUUUCAGUGUGCUUUAUUAUGGAUGAGUGAUCUUGCUAUGCCCCCCUCCCCCCUCUUGGGCUGUCAGAUAGACCUACUUAUGAUUAGAAGUUCAGCUUCAUGUAAGAAGUAGAACCUCUCUCUCCCCCAUCCAGUUGUUUUCCGUAAUUGGAGUGCUCAUAUCAUUUAAAUUUGUAUUUCAAGAGCCAUCGCUUUCUUCUACAAUGCAAAGGGUAUAGGGAAUUUUUACACGCCUAAAAUAUCAAUACACGCUAAUGAACACUUUUGUGUAAAUUACGCUUGGCCUGCUACCUCUUUCCUGUUGAAGUUACGGGAGUUUUGCCAUGGAUUUCAAAGGAAGAAUUAGGCCAUCUGCCUCAAAUUUGUCUCACAGCACUUCUAAAGUCUCUUUCUCAACAUUUUUCAGUACAGUACAACUCUAGCAUUUAAAAAACAACAACAACAACAACAUUUUAGUCCUUCAAAUAGUAGUGUUUCAGGAUACAUCUAUGUCAUUGUUAUUUAAAGGAUUGAAUAUUCUUUUUUAGUGCAUCCAAUCACUUCAGUACAUGCAUGCCAGGGUGCUUCUACCUUCCCUGGCCCUGGCAGUGGUUACAUUGCUGACAUUGUAAGGCUGGCUUGAAGAUUGGGUUGUUUUCAUCUUGCUUUCAGUGCAGAUUGUGCUAAUGAAGGGGAGGGAACCCUGCUUUUUAAUGGUCCAUUUCCAGUGCUCCUGAUUGUGCUUCAACACAGAACCACAAGUAUAAGAAUCUGAAGCACAGACCCUCUGGGCUCACCGUUCGAAGGAGACUGGUCUUGAUAGAAAGAACAUCUCUAUAUCUAGGGUUGUGCUCAAUACUUACAGAGGGGGGAGCUGCAAAAGUAGUCCCUCAAAUCAUAAACAUUUGUUGUCAUCCACUCUUGUUCGUGGCUUCUUCAUUGUUCGGUCUUUAGUCCUGUGGGUCCCAUUUUUAUAGCGUCUUCUUCACAUAGGCAGCAUAUAUGUCAUUUAUUUAAAUCGCAUUCCCCUGCCCUCCAAAAAGAAUCCUGGGAAUAUUAAUUUUCUGCAAAUUGUAGUUCAGUGACAGGUGAGGAACAGUUCCCAUGAUUAUUGGGGGGGUGAUUUAAAUGUGCUUUAAAUGUAUGGUGUAUAUGUGGUCAUAGACCAUAUGAUCCCAGCCAGUCAAGGAUUGCAUGAUGACGUAAUGACCCUAUUUAACCAAUAAGAUUGACCAUAUAUAUGACAACAUCACAUGGCUAAUUCAGAGUUAGGUCAAUCGUUUCUGUUCUUACUCUGAAGUGUUCCUAAAAAGAAUCUCCAGUUUUAAGUCUUUUUUUUUUUUUUAACUAUCUGUAACUUUAAACUUAUUACAUAAGACAUAUUAUUUUUGGAGGUAAGUUCUUCAGGUUGUGUAGGAGCUACCAUAUAAUAAACAUGUAUUACUAUGGCAUCAGUUCUUAGCAUGAAGCCAAGAAUGGGAUUUAUUUAUUUUUGUCCCUUUAAAUAUAAACAAGAAAAUAAGGAUAGAUGACACAUCUGAUGGGCAGUUGUUCUCAUCCUGGCAGCUGACAGAUGUUUCAAUUGGAUCUAAUGAAAAGAGACAGAAGUAGUGUCUAAUAGGCCCAUGGCCAGCUUAUUGGUUUCUGAGGGAUUGACGUCUGUAGUAGCCAGAUAGUUGCAUCACAUUUAUUAGUCAACAAAACUUGAUAAGAAAUACACACAUGGCUGCCCCUGCUCUACUUCUUGAGAGGGAGUGAAUUCGUUGCUCUUCUGGGGCAAUGAAGACUCAAACAAAAUUGUGCCUUGGAGGAAUGCUGUUUUAUUUUUUGAAAUUGUUGUUUAAGGUUGUUAUCUUGUAGUUCUGUAUUGCUUGUCCUCUAACAAUGGUCAGUUUUACAUUUAAGCACCCAUGAUUCUAAAGCAUUUGUGCUUUGUUGACAGAUGGAUACACAACAGAUGACAUAGAAUUUUACUGGCGAGGUGGGAAUAAUGCAGUCUCUGGAGUGGAAAGAAUUGAACUUCCUCAGUUCUCUAUUGUGGAACACAAACUUGUGUCCAGGAAUGUUGUCUUUGCCACAGGCAAGUAUUUCCCAUGCUUUGAAUGCUCAGCAUCGUUAGCUCUCUUGCACAUGCCCAUUUUUGUCUCUAUAUGGCCAUAGAGGUGACAAAAACUGGGUGGCCAGAUCAUAGUUUCUAAAAUAAAGGACACUAGUGUUAUAAUGACUGGAAUAAAAGACAACCGAGACAUUCCAUGUUUUUGUGAUGGUCUAGAAUAAAGGCUAUAAGUAUGAACAUCCCAAACGACUAUAGGGCUUGGGGGGGUGCUUUGGCAAAGCAAGACUGCCAACCAAGCACUUUAGAGGCAAAGUCCUUUUACUUAGUGAUUUCAGAGAUUCAAUAUGAAAACAUUUUGCAACAUCCUACCUACCAUUGGGACGUGGGUGGUGCUGUGGGUUAAACCACAGAGCCUAGGACUUGCCGAUCAGAAGGUCGGCGGUUUGAAUCCCCACGACGGGGUGAGCUCCCGUUGCUCGGUCCCUGCUCCUGCCAACCUAGCAGUUCGAAAGCACUUCAUACUGCAAGUAGAUAAAUAGGUACCGCUCCGGCGGGAAGGUAAACGGCAUUUCCAUGCACUGCUCUGGUUCGCCAGAAGCGGCUUAGCCAUGCUGGCCACAUGACCCGGAAGCUGUACUCCGGCUCCCUUGGCCAAUAAAGUGAGAAGAGCACCGCAACCCCAGAGUCGGUCACUACUGGACCUACUUUUACCUUUACCUACCAUUAAUGCUGCAAAUUAUGAACCAUACAUACCAGUUGGGCAUAGUAGUAAUAAAAGUAAGAAUAAUAAUAAUAAUUAAAAAGAAGAAUAAUAAGUAAGAAUAAUAAGGGGCUGUAAACAAUAACAGGGGCAACACUUAAAGGUCAGAAACUGACUGAAAUUGUACAGCAAAAAUAAUUCACUCAGAAACAGCUUCCUGAACCAAGCCACCAGUCUGAAUUUUCCUGAUUAAAUUAUUUUAGGAGCAUUGUCUGUAUAGUGUUAACCAAGCUAAUGGAUAAACAUAGUAAUAGAGAAAUAAGUAUUGAUCCCACCCCCCAUAAUUUUUUUUUUAAUUAAUAGGUUUUUAUGUCAGGUUUUUGUUCUAAUUAUGAGCACUGUAACAAGUGCUGACAGAAUUCACUAUUUUGAUAAGUGUUUUAAAGAUUUAGGGUUAUCUAAUUUAAACAUCCAUGAGCUGGGAUCAAGGGGAAGAAGGCUAUUCCACCGUCUUGUGGAGAUGACAUCACACACACACACAUUUACAGUAAUAUGUGAAAAUUAUUUUGUAAAUGUAAGUUAACUAUAUCUCUGUUCUUCACAAAAUUUCAAAAGGUAACCAGAUAGGUGUUCAAGAAUCACGACAUAUUUUCUCUAAUAUGCAUUAGUUUCAAUGUGAACUCACAAAGUGAUUUUUAUUCGAGGUUUUAUAAACAGCCCAUCAAAUGUGCUUUUGCUUCUGUAGAAGAGGAGCAUAUUCUGCCUUUACUAACGUCAUCAAUAGUUACAUUGGAGAAUAUAUAUAUAUAUAAUUAACUGUUAUUUCCCUCAUUUUCUAAUAGGUGCCUAUCCAAGACUGUCACUGAGCUUUAAGCUGAAGAGGAAUAUUGGAUACUUUAUUCUUCAGACCUACAUGCCCUCGAUACUGAUUACCAUUUUAUCGUGGGUGUCCUUCUGGAUCAAUUAUGAUGCAUCUGCAGCAAGAGUUGCUCUCGGUAUGGAAUGAGGAUGAAUGGGGCAUUACCCUGUCAUAUCCAUGUAGGAGGUUGUUACAACAGCCACAUAUUUAAGCACAGGUGACAAAGGAUUGCAUGCAGAUGGGUGAGUGGACUGGCGCAGGAGGGGUGGAGCACUUCCCAGAAAAUAAACAGGCUGUCAGAUGAGAGAAGUCCCCAUUUCCACAAACAGUGAAAAAAUCAGUAAGUUGCUACAGCUACAGUCCCCAGCAGGCGAAUAAAGACUUUUCACAGGUUGGGCUUUUUUGCAAUCCUGUGUUAGAGCUUGCCUCAGAUCAGAAGUGGUUUGUCCAGUGGGGUUGGAGCCACAGCAGUAGCCUCCCAGCAGCAAAGCAAUGCUGAUUACUGGUAGCAGGAGCUAAAAGACAGUGACAAAGUUGGGGAUGCCUAACCAACAGAGCCAAUCCAUUGCUCACACCACUGUAUGCACGCAGCCUCAAUCUAGCCACUGCUUCACUCGUCCUGGUAAGCAGUAGUGGCUCUGUUCCCUUUGCUGUUGAAGCAGUUGGGUGAUGCAAGGGGGACCGAGCCGAGAAAAGGUUUCUGAAGUCCAAGCCCGUCUCUGAUUAUCAAGCUGGCUUUGUGGGGGAGGAUGAGGAGGGCAAAGGAAUAUAUAGGCCACUUUGCUUCCUCUUCUUCCUCCCAGUUCCUCGUGGAUUCUCCCUUGUUACAUACGUUUACAGACAUGGGGUAACCCAGAAUAAGAUCAGCACUGAAUUGCGUGCAGUCCCAUUGUCCACUCUCAAGUGCAAAACACCUGCUGUUGGAACAUCAAUAGUUUUCCAGCUAUUAUCUGUUCAAGGAACUGUUUCCAUAUCACCUGCCACAGAACACCUGUGCUUUUAAGUGGGUUCUUAACAACAACAACAACAACAACAAUUUUAUUAUUUAUACCCCGUCCAUCUGGUUCUAAAGCACACAUGCCAUUCACACAGGACUCUUGCUAGAGCUUUUGAGGUUCACCGUUGCUCUAUGUGCAUCCCAGAGCACUCUUGUUAGGGUACACAUUUCAGAUAGAAUUGGUGGGCCAGCCAACUUUCGCCAUUGCCACCCUUGGUACAGAGAAACCCAUGAUCCACCCUUUGAAAAGCACUGGGUUACAUCAGUUCUCUAAGCUCAAUUGAUUUCAGUGAAAAUCCCCUUUUUAGCUCUCCUUUAUAUCUCCUUUCAUCCUUUUUUAAGGAAUUUCUCAUAUCACAAUUUUCUUUUAGGUCCGGAAAAAGUAGUUUUAUAACAAAUCAUUAAUAGGUAUUUCAGAAGCAAACUCUUCAGUAAAGAAACUGUCUCACUCCAAACCACUUUGGUUGUAAUAGGUCAGGCAUCCAAUAAAUGUUGGAUAAGAUCUCUUUGUGAAAUUCACAGACCUAUGAAACAAAAUACGAGGUCCUUGAAGGGAAAGGCAGAAUAUAAAUGUAAUAAACAAACAAAUAAAACAAUAGCAUUCCCUCUCUUUAUUUUGCUGACUCUUCCACAAUAUCAACAAGCUCCUGGAAAUGGCUUUUAAGGGGAAAUGCAUGAAAGAUCUUAAUAUACUUACCUUUCUUCCCAUUUUUAGGUAUUACAACUGUGCUUACUAUGACAACGAUCAACACUCAUCUCAGAGAGACUUUGCCUAAGAUUCCCUAUGUCAAAGCCAUUGACAUGUAUCUCAUGGGCUGCUUUGUAUUUGUCUUCUUGGCCUUACUUGAAUAUGCUUUCGUCAACUACAUCUUCUUUGGAAAAGGCCCUCAAAGGCAGAAGAAACUUGCAGAAAAGACGGCCAAAGCAAACAACGAUCGCUCUAAGUUCGAAAGCAACCGGGUAGGAUUAUUCACGUCAUCUACUAGCCUGUGUUGUUUUCAGUUCCAAAACACCACUAUGGAUCAGUAGGAUUAAGUGUACUUACCCUCCACGCUAAACUGUAUCAUUGGCAUCUGUAGAAACUGCAGCCACCUCCCUCCCUCCCUCCCUCCCUCCCUCCCUCCCUCCCUCAGUAUGAAUAGAUCCUUAGUCACAUAAAACACUCCCAGUACACAGAGAGUGCAGAAAGGGAACGAGUGAGCAAAACAUAGUUCUGGUAGGCUACAGGUUCACAUACUUUAUUACCAUAAGCAAAAUUGCUAGUUCAGAAUUCACAAGCCUGGGAACUUCUCUUCCCAUCACUAACACUUAAUGCAAUGUAUAUUGCCCCAAUUACCCUUGCCGUGCCUCCAGGAUAAGGGAACUGGCCAACUGAAUGUGUUUUGUUACAUACAAAAACUACUACUUCUGCCACUGUUUAUUAUUUCUUUCUAGUUCUUAUACAGAAUGAGAAAUAAGUCAUGGAGCCCAGACUUAAAUGCUGUCAGCUCCCCCCCUCCCCCCGCCAGACUAAGGAAGAUGCAGAGUUUUUUUGUUUGGCAGUUGGAUUUAAGUGUGUCAAAAACAAAACACACAUUUAUUCAGUAGCAAAACCUCAGCUCAUUUCCUGCUGUAUGUAUUUGUACAGGAAAUGGUGAAAGGAGUGCAAGAAGACAGCUUUUCUUCACGAGGUUUGCCUCUGAAUUCAAAGGGCCGUUUACAAUGUGAUAUUAAUGGAGUUAUAUUUGGUUGAUGCAGAUCAUGGCAACUGACGUAGUAAGAGAUUGAGAACCACAUAUUUCGAUGUGGAACUGCAAGCGCAUAGCUGAAGCAGUGCCUCCUUUUGUGUUGUGCAGGAGAGAAAGCUAAAUAUGAGAUCAAUGUUUAGACAUUUAAGAAAGGCUUUAAGUGUGGUGUUUGUAUUCCUCAGUGUACUGAUUUGUUUUUUUACUAGUACUAUUGUUACAAGUCACCACACUGAGAAUUUUUAAUUGAUGUUUAUCUAAGGGCGGUGUGUGUGAGAGAGAGAGAGGAGACAUGUGCCUCACGGCACAUGCAACAUUAUACAGUUGUAUAGGUCUUCUCAAGCCAAUAUUAUAUAUGGUGUCCCAGUAUAUUUUGUUGCUAUGUCCAGGGAGGAAAGUGGUAUUCUUGUCACCCACUUUUCUUAAAUGGCUAAAUGUGUUAUCUAUCAUGUGAUCAGGAGAGCACAUCCAGGCUUACAUAAUUUCUUCUCCCUACGUAAUUUUUUUUGACCCAAUCCUAAACUAGUUUAACUGUCCCAAUGACUUCUGGGAAUUGUUUUGUUUUUGUGAGUUGUGUGGGGGGUUAAAUACCAAUGUGCUCUAAUACAACAAAUACUAGUAUGGAUUAAAUCAAGCAAAAUAAAAGGAGGGAUACCAUAUUUUUCCGUAAAUGGUCUAUGUAAACCCAACAGGUAAGAACAACUGACUUAUUCCGUAGGCUGUCACACAAAGAAUUUUGUGACUAAUUCUGCAGUCUCUGGUUUUCUGUCUUCUAGAAGUGAACUGGGCAAUUCCAAACUAGGACUUCUGGGCAUUCUUCUAAGCAAUGGGGCAAUAAUCUUUGUACAAGCAUCUUGAUCAUAGGGGCAGUGUAAAAGGACAUGGUCUAUGGGCUCUCUCUCUCUCCACCAUUACAAGGACAGAGCCUUUUGACAAAGGGGAUUUUUCUGUAGCCCCCCAUUUAAAACCACAAAUGGGAAGACAGCACACCUUGCAAGUGUAAAGGCCCUCAUAGGACUGUACUUCUAUUGUGAGGUUCAUUAUCUCCUCCGCCCCCUGCCACGUUAUAUCUGUAUUGCCCUUUACAACUCACAAGGUUCCUUGACUAAGAAGCACAACACUUAAAUUAUGAUAUAACCAGGGAUAUUUAUAGAUUGUUGUUUUAUAUGAAGCCCCUGAAAUUCUGCUGGAACCUAUAAUAAUUCACCAAAAAACUUCUCCGAAACUGUGUGCUGCCGUACCCCACCCCACUCCUGUGCACUUUCACCCAAAUGUGUGCAUGCUUUGUUGCUAGAGUUGUGUUUAGAAACGUAUGCAAAACUUUACAGCAGUAAUUUAGGGAAGUAUUUUAUUGAAGCUUUGCACCUGUUCUUUAUCAACAUGAAGGCUGGUUUGCACAUUCCACUGUUUUGGUGAUGUAAUAACUCUCCACUCAGUAACUAUCAGGGUGUAAAUCUUUACCCCCAUUGCUGGUCUGCUUAUGUUAUUCCCAUGCAAGCAUCACUAUAGUAUGAGGUGUUGGAUGAGCAAUGCUUAGAAAAUACCUGUCUCCCAGUUAUUAAAGAACUGAAAGAGAAACGUGGUUUCCAGUCUUUCUCUGUUAAGUAUGUUCUGCAUGGUUAGCUGAAAAUCCUGUCCCUGGAAACAGAGUGUCCCAACCAGGAACAUUCAUUGUACCAAUUACUAUUAAAAAGCAUCGCUCACUUUCUCCAACCUCGGAUCUUGGGAGUUAGGGAGACAUGAUGGUGCAGGCUGUGUGAUACUAGGUCUUCAAGUUAGUUUGAAUUUGGCCUGUUGAAUGACCAUCUGCCAUUCUUGUACUUGGGAAAAUAUUAAAUAUAUUUAAAUAAUUACAGGCUUUCUUCUGGACUGAGAAUAUAUACUACAGAACAAUGUUGGUGAGCUCUAAAAUUGAGUGGUAAAGGAAAACCUGCACAUGUUUCGUAACGGCCCCUUAAUAGGAGCCAUUUACUGAAAACAACCCAUGUCACCAGUUUUAAUAAUUCAGUAUGCACCUUUUUAAAUUGGCAAUGAGCCCAUCUAAAAUUUUACAAGUAGAAUUCUUAAUAUUCACAGUGGCAAGGAGGAACUAACAGUGCAAUUUCUGUAGCAUGUGGAAAUGUAAUACAAAACUUUCCCCUUUUAAUUUUCUGAUACACUUCACUAUGAUCUUUAACAGUAUUUGUUACACUGUUUCCAGGAUGUUUAUUUGGACUUUAGUGUUUUUAAAAAUAUGUGCUAGAGCUAAAGAUGUCCAUUAAAGUUAGGUUAAAUUAGGUUUGGGAUGCGGGUGGCGCUGUGGUCUAAACCACAGAGCCUAGGGCUUGCUAAUCAGAAGGUUGGUGGUUCAAAUCCCCGCGACGGGGUGAGCUCCCGUUGCUUGGUCCCAGCUCCUGCCUACCUAGCAGUUCAAAAUCAUGUCAAAGUGCAAAUAGAUAAAUAGGUACCGCUCUGGCGGGAAGGUAAACAGCGUUUCCGUGCGCUGCUCUGGUUUCGCCAGAAGCGGCUAAGUCAUGCUGGCCACAUAACCCAGAAGCUGUCUACGGAAAAACGCCGGCUCUCUUGGCCUAUAGAUAGUCGUCCGCGACUGGACCUAAUGGUGCCUUUACCUUUAAGUUAGGUUUAUUGAAUUUAUGAAUUGCUUCCAACAACGAAAGUCCCAAAGCAAUUUACAAUAAAACAAACAAUUAUUUGAAAGGCAAGAAUGGCUAAUCAAGAAAAUUAAGUAACUAGACAUUUAAAAGUGGCUUCCGUGUAAAUUCUAGUUUCCCUCUUUUUAGCAUUCAGGAGGUCUGGUUAUCCUUCACUGAAAAUAAAACGUAGACAGUGUAUGUGGAUUGCAAAGUAGUUUUCAAAUGUUCUCACUAAUAUAACCAAAAAAGGAGGGGAAUCCAUUCGAGACAAUAUUAAAAGUGGCCAAGUGACAGUGAGUCCACAAUAUUAGCACACACUGGAACUGGCAUAGGUUGACUUUUGGUGCACAAUCCUGUUUCAAGGGGUGACACAACUGAAUGUCUAAGGCCAAUCUACACGGAGUUCAAAACACGCAUAGCCCAGACCAUAACAACAUAGCACAAGGUUAAAAUAGUCUGGUUGGAAAAUCCCAGCUGCCAUGGGCUAACAUUGUUUUAAUAUACAAUGUUUUGGUCUGAUUCUAAAACCGCCUGCUUCCAUAAGCAAGCGUUUAGAGAAGGUAUAUUGACUGUUGCAUAAGUACAGUGUCAAAACUCAUAUUAUCCCAAGCCUUGUGGGGAUGUUAUAUCUGCAUGAAAAAGCUAACGUGCAAAGACAAGAGAACCUGCAAUUGAAUAUUAUGUCUGCUAGUGACUUGGCUGUUUGUCUUAUUCCCUGGCUAGGAAAUCAGUCAGUUUCUUCUAUAUUGCACUCAAUCCAAGCAGAAGGAUCCCACAGCUAAUUUGUGGGAUCUGACCUUUUUGUGGAUCACUAUAUUAUAACAUCUUCUGAUGAUAAAGCCAGAUCAGAUAAAGGGUGCUACACAUUCUCAUUUUACUACCACAGAGCCCUUGUUUUAAGUUCAUGAGCCCCUGCAAGAGGGGGAAAAGGGGAGAAUGGUAAAAUGUAAAGUAAAUAACACUGUGCAAUUGUGAACGGUAUCAAAUACGCUUUAAUUCCAGGACCCUUAAAAUUAAUAUCGUAUUAAACAAUUAAAUUGGAUUGAAAUAUUCAGGAAACAUGAAUUGCCUGCCAUUAAAUUCAUUUUCAAAAAUUCCGCACAAUAAAAAAUAUGUUGAAAUUGGCAUUAAGAACGAAGUGAGAAGCCUGCUCAUUUUGAUACAAAUUUGCUAAAUCAUUUUUUAAAUUGAUCUAGACCCAUAAAACAAACAGGAGUUUUGCCAUGAAAUGACACUUCCCAGACAUGACAGUGACAUACUUGCUUUCCAAAGCAGAACAAGAAAAUUUCUAGUAAAUAUGUUGCACCAGAGUGAAUAGUAUCUUCAGGAACCUCUGAUUAUCGUUACAUUUUAAGAAUAAAAAAGAGCAAGUAGAUUGUUCUGCCUAGUUGAAUUUGCACACUCAGUAAUCCUAAAGCCAGGCAAAUGUGAUCUGGGGUGCUUUUAGGUGUGGUAUGCUCUGCCAUUGAAGAGGCCUGCUGCCAGGACUUUUACACACAUUCACACAAACACGUACAACCAUGUUCUUCUGGCAAUGGGUAUGGGAAAUGGGGCUUUCCAGGGGAAUGUUGGAGGCAGCCAAGCACUAGCAGGAUCCUAAGUCUCCUCGUUCCCCUCACAUGCCUUCAGCUAUGCUGCAAAUGAAAUAGCCAAUUUCUUUCCAUUUACCACAAUUGAAAGGGGGAAUAAUAAUAGAAUAAAAACCACCAAAGAGGAAGACCUCCCUACCCGUAGGGACCUAGGAAGCCCUUGGGAAGUAGUGGUAUGUCUUCUAUGUAAUCUCACCACCAUCCCAGGAUUAUGAACUAUACAUUUGAUACAGUUUAAGUAGGCCAAAAGUUUCAUAUUUACAUGUCCGGUGCUUGAGUAACUUUUACCCAAGGCAGAGGGAGGGCUGCAUUGGGAGAUAAAAGGUGGGGUGAAAGUCCUGUUUCUGGCAAUGGGUCAGUGUAUUGUGGUUCACUGCAUUUGCACCCAUAUGUGUGCCAGGGAGAGGAGAAAGUGAGAUUUUGAGUGUUGUACCAGCCAUUCCUUGCAUGAGCAGCAAUACUCACUUGGGACCGGAAUUUGCCCCUAGUGUUAAUGACUUUUCUGAAGGAUCAUUAUGUAGGUAAAGCGAGUUCUACAGCAGAUGAGUAGCCUGCACCUGUAUCAAAUGCAAUUUUGAAUAUUGAUCAGAACUUACAAUACAAUUCAGUAGUGAAAGUGGAUUUGCUCUUUCGCCUUUUUAUAUACUGUUGUGCUCACAGGAGUGUGCAAAGGUCUGGGGGGAUUCCUCAUCCCACCAACAGAGACCCAUCUGUGUUAAAUGCCCUCAGGAGAGAACCCUCCCGAGAGAACCCUCUCUGAUCUGCAUCAUCUGAGGUCCUGAGGUGUGACUACCUGGCUGACUGGCUAAAGCCCUGGAAAAUAGCACUCCAGUUACAGAACGAGUCUACAUUGCAAGAUUUUGUUUCAGGCCCUACUUGUUUUAUAUUUAUGUUACUGGCACGGUUCCUAAUCCUUACCACUUAAUAUGGUAAUUCUGUCCAUUUUAAUGGGGAAUAGCUAACCUUCCAUGCUAUUUAUUUUAUUUGUUUGUGUGUUUGUGUGUUUGUUUUAAAAGCAUUUGUAUACUGCUAUUCAUUAAAAAACCCAAAGUGGUUUAUAACAAUAGAACAAAAAAAACCCCAUACAAUAAAAAAAUAUUAAAAAGUUCAAAUCAGAUGUCAGUUAACUAUUAUGGAAAGAUGUAUUCUUAAUUUCCUGCAUAGGCCUGAUGGAAUAGAAGGGUUUUCAGCAGGCAUUUAAAACUUGGAACAGAAGGUGCCCUCUAUUCUGAAAUAGAAUUAAAUAUUUUUAUUUACUGGAAACAAUUAUGAACCUCCAUCAUUAUGAAUUUGUUUCCAACUAGGUGGACAUGCAUGGGAAUAUUCUGCUAACGUCCCUCGAAAUUCACAAUGAAGUUGCAAGCAAUGAGGUCACCACAAGCGUCACCGAUCCUCAGAAUUCAACAAUAUCCUUUGACAGCUCAGGUAUCCAGUACAGAAAACAGAGUUCGCAUCGAGAAAACCUUGGAAGGCGUACAUUGGACAGAACUGGCGCCCACACUAAGAAGAGUCAUUUACGGAGAAGGUCUUCACAGCUAAAGAUAAAAAUUCCUGACCUAACAGAUGUGAACGCCAUAGACAGAUGGUCAAGAAUGGUGUUUCCUUUCACAUUUUCUCUUUUCAACUUAAUCUACUGGCUAUACUAUGUCAACUAAACUGACUUUACUUCUUUUUUUAAAAAAAAAAAGACUUCAACAAGUUAAAUAUUAAUUUGCC